GCCAAGGUUCUAGUGGUUCCCAGGGUGCCAGGCCCAGACUUGGGCAAAGUCCUCUUGGCCUCACCCACCGCUGGUGACGCAGGGAGCUGGGGCUGAACCCUAGGGCCAAGUAUGAGGAGGAGGAGGAGGAAGCUGGUGGAGAUGAAGGCAUGGUCCUGGGACAGGCUGGAGCUCGCCCACCACCAGCCAUGUGGCUACUGAGGGUACUGGGACUGGUGCUGAGCUGCCAGGGGACAGGAGCCUUCGUGAUGCAGGUGUCCAGCUCCUGCCUCCUGGCUGCCAACGGCUCGGUGCCAGCCUUCGGCCUCAGCCUCCUCUUCGACAGGACCCCCCUGGCCUGCUUCGUGCCCCAGGCCCAGCUCUUCCUGCCCUGCGCCCAGGGGGCGCUCCAGGGGGUGGACUCGGUGGUGGCCUCGCUCCUGAACGCUGACCCUGCCUGGGGGCACCGUGCCCAGAGCCGCCUCAGGGCCUGCCAGGAGCUGGGCACAGAGCUCUGGGGCUCCACUGCCCGCAGGAGCGUCCCCCCUCAGCUCCGCAUCGUCGCUGACCCCCUGCCCACCACCCCCGGGGGGGUCCUCCUGACCUGCUACGUUUGGGGCUUCUACCCCCCCGAGGUGACUGUCACCUGGAUGCUCAACGGGGACCCGGUGGCCACCGCUGGCACUGCCAAGGUGCUGCCCAGGGGCGACUUCACCUACCAGACCCAGGCGACCCUGAGGGCCAGCGCCCAGCCCGGGGACAGCUUCAGCUGCUCCGUGCAGCACCGCAGCCUGCAGCAGCCUCUGCGGCAGCACUGGGGUCCUGGCUUGUCCCCAGAGCUGCUGGUGAAGGUGGUGGUGGCAGUGGCCAUCAUGGGGCUGGGGCUGGUGGUCUUCUCUGCUGGCACCUUCUGCUACUGCCAGGGGGGGGUGAGUGGGACGGUGACAAACGGGGGGGAGCCGGAGCCACCCCCGCGCUGCCUCCCGGCGCCGGCGGCCGCCAGCGAGUCCCAGUCCGGCAACUGGUGA